AUGCAAGCCAUUCGUUUAUAAAUCGAAAAAAUAGUUCAUUUUGAUCCCUUGCUGAAAUCCCUUUUGAAUUCUAAGCCAAAUCGUAAGCAUUAUGCGCGUUCUCUUUUUAAGAAUUAGUUGAAUCGAUCAUAUGUUGAAUAAAAGCAACAGGAUAUUGAAUCUCAAUAAAGAGCCAAGAGUACAGAGGGUUCCAUAUUUGGAGAUGCAGGCUUAAAAUUCAAACGACUAAUGUCUCGCGGAACCAUCGAAAUUAAAAUGCAUAGGCGUCUCAUAAGAAAAAGAUUUAGAAAAUUGGUAUUGGCUGUAUGUCUUCUGCUUACGUACUUUCGAUACAACCCACAAAGAAAAAAAAUGCAGAGACUCUCAAGACCUCGCAUUUCCAUAUUUCGCAGUAGGAAUAUCAUCGAUAGAUUGCCUCAACUAUUACAAAUAGAAAAGGCGAAUACAGUGAAUGAAAGUAUGACAUCAAGAGAACCACCUUGUUAGAUGAAGUAAAAACAUUCCUCGAUGGGCAGUUUUGAUAUGUUCAUGAAGAGACCUAUCUAAUAAUUCAUUGUGAGAUAGAAUACCGACUUGUACUCGUAAAAUAGAAUAUGCAAGACCGAACAUUCUUAGGUUUUAAGCAUGUAUAAUUUUUAUAAGAAACAGAGAAAAACGAAAAUGUUUCAAAAAUCAUCCUCUAUUAAAUUAAUAUCUUUGAAUUAAUGA